GGAGAAUGAAAGGACUGUUGUCAAACAGCAGCAGGAGCUUCACACUCCGACAGGUUUCCACAUUGGUGAUGUCACGAGAACGGCUGCCUCUCAUUGGUUCGUCUGGGAGUAAAACAGCAGCCAAGCCACCACACUCGUCCUCGGCUCUCCAGCGCUCCCACCAGGCCGCUCGCCAGAAACGCAGCCAGCAGCCGUCCUCCUCCUCUCAUCCUCAUCCAGGGCCGUCUUCUCUCCUCCUCUUGGACACCACCAUGGCGCCUUGGGCGGGCUUGGCUCUCUCUGAAUCCUCCUUCACAUCCAUCCCGCCGCCACCUCCUCCACGACCCCCUCCGCCGCCACCGCCGCCACCGCCUCCUGCUCCUCAGCCCACGCCAUCCACCCCUUAUCGUGGGAGAGAGAACAAAGAUGAAGAAGCUUCGAGUUCAAGUUUUAACUCUGAGGCUCCAUCUCCACCUCUGGUCCUCCAGGACAGUGCAGGUGUGGGAGGUAGAGGGUUGCGGGCGAGGCGGAGGGUGUUGCCCCAGCGGCGGGUGCCUCGUCCUCCCCGCCUCCCGCCGCUGCGUCCGGUCACCAACCUGAGCUUCUCCCGGAGCUUCACCUUCUCCUUCUUCGAGCUGCCGCUGCACCAGUCGCCUCGCUGCCGGGCCGAGCGCAUCAGAAACCUCAUGCUGCUCCUGAGGCAGAUUCACUACUGACAGUCAGAGCUGCACGGACAGUUCUUACUCAUCUGUUCAUAGGAACAAAUGUUCUUUUAUCGGUCAGAUUAGCAGAGGUGCAGUGAGUGAACUUUGUCUAUUUACUAGGAAAAAUGAAACUAAUGUGAAUCUUAUUACAUCAGUGUGUUUUUGUUUAGAAAUGCUGCGUUUUGGGUUUUUAAUUUUCACAUGUCAAAUUCUAAUUUUAUUUGCUGGAUAGAGUUAAAUUUGCCCUUUAUACAUAAAACCUGAAGUUAUUGACUUUAAACUGCUGGUGGUUGUUCUGAUAGAGUGUCUGUAGGGGGCGCUCAGGUCUCCCUGCCUGCUGUAAUAAGCCCCUGGUCUGUCAGUGUGAGCUCAUGUGUUUCAGACUGUGGUGAGAUUAUAAAUUAAAGGGCAGUUAAGACAAAAACAGUGUCUGUUCAGGGACUUUGUGUUUUUCUCUCUGUUCUGCUUCUUUAUAUCUACACGUGUCUUUCAUUCUUCUUUCCUCUCACAGCCGCAGAGAUGAACUUCACUUUCUCUCAGC